AUGUACUUGGACACAGCAAAGGUACAACAGAAACCUCAGAUGGCGUUGGCAGAGGCCAGGCACGGCUCGGUUCUGUGGAUGGCAAUUGGACCCCAGGCGAUGGUCUUCGGCAGCUCCGUUCUGCGGGAGGUGCCCAACUUGAGUCUUCAGGUCAGGGCGGUCGAUACCGUCGACGACUCAGAGGUUGCAUUGGAGAGCCUGCUUCGGCUGGUUCGACAACAGACGUACACCAUGGUAGUACUGGACCACGUGGAGGGGCUCGCCCCGCCGCCGCGACCACUGCCGCAUCCUGCAGCCAGGGGUAUGGCACGCCUGCCACCUGCGCCUCCGACGGUGGCGGUGCAAGGUGGGGCAGCAACAGCAGGAAGAAUAGAUGCCUCGAUGGCGGCGCGGGAGCCUGCCGUCGUAGCAGCGCCAGUGGCGAGGGGCCCUGGUGCUGCAGCGCUGACAAUGACGGCUGCAAAGGGUCAGCAGCACCAACAACUGCAGGUGUAUCAGCGGGACAGCCUUUGCGCGUCGAGCACUGGCUACGGUUCGUCCACCAACGCUGCGUGGCACUAUCAAUACCACCACCAUCGAUCCCCACAACCACUCGAUGCUGUCUCCUCUCCGCUCAACCUCAAGGCCUUUGGCCUUCCCGCCCACGUCUUCUACCCCAAAACUCAAUUUUUGCAGUUUCUACACAACGUGCUGCCGCUGCUGAUAGAGAGAACCCUGGCGGAUCUGUCGGCCAGCUGCGGGCCCGACCUGCGGACAACCACCCUCGUCAUAAACUCCUACCCAUUCACCCACCCAUACCUGUGGAGAGAGCGGAUAGAUCGGGUGGCCUCGGUCUCCAGCAGCCUGGCGAAUGCUGCGGGGGUCGGCGCCCGAAGCCGCUGGGCACGCCGCGCCAUCCUGCGCUACGCUGCGGCAACCUUGCAUGUUACGCCAGAGGGGGGCGAGGCCGCCGCGGCGGCGCCGGGAGCAGCCACCGGAAGCGCGGCUGGGGCGGGAGCUGUUGCUGGGGCGGCGUCAGGACAGGGUGCCCCUGUCCGCGUCCUGCGUGCGGUGCUGUCGCGCGGGGGCCUCACGGGGGAGGAGGACGGACCUCUGCGCACUUGGUCGCUCACUACCCCCGUCCGCAGUGCGUUGCCGUCGCCACCGCGGCGUCUGGGCGAAGUUGAGCAAUGGCUGCAACUCUUUGCGGCGUCCCAAGGGGCGUCGAGCGUCUGGGUAGGCGCCGGGGCACGCCUGGACAGCUGGCGGGGCUUGUCCGCACAGCAGUCCAUCGGAGCCCCAUCUUCCAAACGCUCGACAGAAGCUAUCAACCACGUCACGCCGGGCCAAGCGCUGGAAUCGGUUGUGACGCUAGCUCUCCAUGACUCACAACAGAAGGCUCUACGCGCCCGGGCGCUUCUGGAGCGCUUCAUGGAAAGCUUUGACACCACACCACCCGCGUCGUACAUCAGGAGCGUGGGAGUGCCCACAGCCAUGUCCUGGAUGAGGCGCCGGGGGCCCGAUGUACCGCAUGCUGUACUGUACCGCCUGUUUAGGCAACGCCAGUGGCUAACACCGUGUAAGCAACAUCAUCCGCGUCAGACGCUACGAAACCAGGUCCAGUACCAACACCAGAGCCAGAUCCAGAACCAGAACCAGCAGCAGCAGCAACAGCUUGCGAGUCGUCGCGACGCUGCAGCGCGGGCCGCCGCCGCCAUUGCCGCCGCAGCCGCGGCCCGCAGAGCAGACAUAGAGGAUGCCAGCGGCGGCGGCGGCGAGGACCGGUACUCUGACGAAGGUGAUCGUCUGGGGUCGCAUUCGUACGCUGGCCCCGGGCCAGGCAGCAGUAACGGCAGUAACGGCAAAAGCAUCACCAGGGGUCGGUCCGCACCGCCGACGCCGACGCGGCUGCUGCAGCACCCCCUGGCAUUAUCCCCGGAGCGAGUACGGCGGUGGGUGCUGGCUGUUCACCCCGGGCUGUUGUUCCUGAACAAGCCGGCGGGAGUCCGGGUGCAUGGUAUGGCCGCGGGCGACGAGGCAGGUCGUGGCGCUGGGCGCAGCGGAGACCGGUCGGGAGUUGGCGGCGGCAUGCGGCCGCCUGCUCCGGUGACGUUGAAUGACGUCAUGCAAGAGGGGUUACGUUUUGGACAGUGGGACGAGCCCAGACUGGUGCACCGGUUAGACCAGGCGGCCAGUGGUGUGAUGGCCCUGUCCAGGGAGCGGCGGGGUGGGGAGGACAGAGACCCGAACGACGAGGACGAGGAGGCGGGCGGGUUCGGCGGCAGGGGCGGUGACCCGGCGCGGCGGGGACGCGUCGGUCCCGGGGGGCUUGCUCUCAACCGCGACGAGCGAGUUGGACGGGACGGGGAGAUGCCCGCUAUCCAUCGAACCUACUGGGCAUUCCUGGCUGGUGAUUUGCAACCCCGGCAGAGCGGGCGUGUCAGUCUGCCGGUGGUGGUCGACGGCGUGUUAUGUCCGGCGGUGACCGCCUACCGUGUGAAGGCCACUGGAUGCGGAGUCAGCUGGGUGGAGCUCACGCCGGAGACAGGUCGUCGCCACCAGCUGCGGAUCCACUGCGCUCGGAAGCUUGGUGCGCCUAUCAUUGGUGAUGGGCGGUACGGCUACCGCGGCCUGCCGCCCCGCCUGGCGCUGAGGGACCACCUGCCGCCCGAGUGGUGGGCGCUGCUAGGGGAUGACCCGCGGGUCGUUCGGAGGAGCCGGGAGGCCGCCGGGGAGCCAGAUCCGCUGCCGGCGCCUGUGCUGCUGCACUCUCGGGAGCUGGUGGUGAAGCGUCCAGGGAAGGCGGCGCUGGGGGCUGUGGCGCCUUUGCCCCUUUACAUUCGGCAAUUAAUUGAGGCAGCUUGCUGGCCACUGCCCAGCGUGGGCUGA